AUGGUUUCCGGUAAUAUUGAUGAAUUGACUUAUUCAAAAUAUCCUUCUUCAAAAAGUGUUGGUAAAGAUCACAUUAUCAUUGUCGGUGGUGGUAUCAUCGGUGCUACCACUGCUUAUUAUCUAACGAAACACCCAAAUUUUGAUCCAAAUAAGCAUUACAUUACUUUAAUUGAAUCAAGUGAAGUUGCAGGCGGUGCCUCUGGUAAAGCUGGUGGUCUAAUUGCUUCUUGGGCCUUCCCAGAACAGAUCGUACCAUUAUCUUUCCAUUUACAUGAAGAAUUGAAUCAAGAAUAUGAUGGUGAAACAAAUUGGGGUUAUAGAAGAUUAAAUGCCUUAUCUGUUGAAGCUGAUUUGAAAAAUUUAAGAGAUGAACAAGAAAAGAGACACUUACGUUUGCAAAAGAGAUUUAAUGAAUUUUCCAAAAACGUACCAGUAGUGCCAACAACUGAAUUAGAAAACGGUGAAAGUAAAACUGCUCCUGUAGGAGCUGGUAAAAAUGUCCAUGGUAAAGCUUCUGAUUAUAUUCAACAGAAUUAUCCAUCAGCUCCUCCUAUGUCAAAGGAUUCAUCUCAGUUCAAUCUAGAUGAUUUAGCAGCUGUGCCAAUGGGUGGCGCUCCUCAAAGCAAUGGUAUUCCAGAUGAUUUGAGUACAGGUGGUGUCAUGAUGAGGACAUCUCAUAGUUUAUUACCAAUGGCAUUCGAUUGGGUGAAACAAAAAUUAAUUAAAACUUGGAAUUAUAUUGGUGAAACUGAAACUACUGCUCAAAUCCAUCCUUAUAAAUUUACCCAUUUCUUAUUGACAAAAGCUAUGGAAACUGGUGCCGUAGAAUUAAUUAAAGGUAAAGUUAAUGAAAUACAAGUUAAUGAUGAAAAUGAAGCAUGCGGUGUUUCAUAUAUACCGAGGGAUUCAGAAGAUAAUGAAGUUGUCAAUCUAGUGAAUGCUUCAAAAGUAUUAUUAUCAGUGGGUCCAUGGACUCCAAAGCUUUUAAAAGACUGUCCUAUAUCAAGUUUAAGAGUCCAUUCAGUCAUUGUCAAACCAGAAAAUACAGAAGAAAAUCCAAUUUCACCAUACUCUUUAUUUAGUGAAAUCCAAGUCGAAAAUAAUAGAAUAGUGUCACCAGAAAUUUAUCCAAGAAAAGAUGAAAUUUAUAUCUGUGGUGAAGGUGAUGCUGUUGAUCUACCAGAUUCUAUUGAAGAUAUAAAACCAAAUGACGAAAUAUGUAAUGAACUGUAUUAUUACGUUUCUAAAUUGUCAUCAAGUGUAUCGCACGGUGAAAUCACAGACAGAUUUGCAUCUUACUUGCCUGUUCUAAACAUCCCAACUGGUUCAGGUCCUUUACUUGGUGAAACUAAUAUGAAGAAUCUAUAUAUCGCCACAGGUCACUCAUGUUGGGGUAUUAAUAAUGCUCCUGCUACAGGGUUAAUAAUGUCACAACUUAUGUUGGAAGGUGACUGUACUUGUGCCGAAAUAUCAGUAUUUAAUCCAAAACUAUAUUUUGAUGCAACAAAGCUUAACUGA